AUGGUCUGGCAAAUGAGACUCGUGUCCAGCAUGCGGGCAAGUCCGCUGCUGCGACGCCCAAUUCUCCAGGGCGUCUCCCGGCCGAUAGCCUUGUCCACGUCGCGCAUCAUGGCUCAAACAACCGUGCAAUAUACCGCCCGUCAAACCCUCUCGACGACCGUUCCUCGUACUCGCAAUCUCGACCUCGACAACAUCAACCCUCAUGUGAGAGAAGCCAAGUAUGCCGUCCGUGGUGAGCUGGCUGUCAAGGCCGAGGAGUUGCGCGUGAGACUGGCACAGGGAGACAAGUCGUUGCCCUUCGACAGCGUCAUCUUCGCGAACAUUGGCAACCCGCAGCAGCUGGAUCAGAAGCCCAUAACCUUCUUCCGUCAAGUGCUCAGUUUGGUCGAGAACCCGUCGUUGUUGGAGAACCCGGAGGCGCUUAAGAAGUCGUUCGGCUACGAGCAGGAUGUCAUCGAUCGCGCUCAUACUCUUUUGAAGGAUGUGCAGAGCGUGGGCGCAUACAGUCACAGUCAGGGUGCCCCUAUUGUUCGGGAUAGUAUCGCUAAGUUCAUUGAGGAGCGUGAUGGAUUCCCCGCGAACCCUCAGGACCUCUACUGCAGCGCUGGUGCUUCGUCUGGUGUCAACACGCUUCUUAACGUGAUCUGCAAUGGCCCUGACGCUGGUGUGCUCGUCCCUAUCCCGCAAUACCCUCUCUACACUGCCACACUGUCUCUGUUAAAUGCGCACUGCGUCCCCUACCUCUUGGAAGAGGAGCAGGCUUGGGGCACCAAUGUCAAGGCUAUUCGCGAGUCUGUGAUGCAGGCCAAGUCCGCUGGCAUCAACGUUCGUGCCAUUGUCGUCAUCAACCCAGGCAACCCCACGGGUGCUUCGUUGAGCCCGGAGGACGUCAAGAACGUUCUCGAGCUCGCUGCAGAGGAGAAUCUGGUGGUGAUUGCGGACGAAGUUUACCAAACCAACGUUUUCGCUGGCGAAUUCACCUCGUUCAAGAAGCGCCUCCGCCAGCUCCAGCAGGAGGAGCCUAAGAAAUAUAAUGACGUGGAACUGGCUUCCCUUCACAGUGUCUCCAAGGGUAUGGUUGGCGAAUGCGGUCAGCGUGGUGGCUACUUUGAGCUGGUCGGAUUCGACCCCUUGGUUGCUGCGCAGAUCUACAAGUUCGUCAGUAUCAUGCUCUGCCCGCCGGUUGUCGGACAGUGUCUACUCGAGCUAAUGGUGAACCCGCCUAAGAAGGGUGAUCCCAGCUACGAGCUGUACCAGAAGGAGUACAAUGGCAUCCGGGACGGACUGCACAAGCGUGCGCUUGCUCUGUAUGAUGCUUUCCGACAGAUGGAGGGUGUUGAAUGCCAGGAGCCUCAGGGUGCCAUGUACCUCUUCCCCACAAUCACGCUUCCUACCAAGGCCAUCGAGGCUGCCGCUGAAGAGGGCCGCGCUGCCGAUGAGUUCUACUGCAUGCGCUUGCUCGAAGCCACCGGAGUCUGCGUUGUCCCUGGAUCUGGAUUCGGUCAGAAGGAGAACACGCUACACUUCCGGACCACAUUCCUUGCGCCUGGUACCGACUGGGUUGAGCGGAUUGUGGAGUUCCACAACAAGUUCAUGGCCAAAUAUAAGUAG